UCAAUUUUAUGGCAAAAGCACAAAAACAAGUACAAAAAUUUCAGUAAAUGUUACUAUUAUUGAUUUUCCCCAGUCGCGAUUCGAAAUUGAGCGUAAAACCCAGCGAAUCAGCUGUUUGGCGGCAACGACGGCACAACAAAACAAUUAAUAUCCGCCGCAGCCGCAAAACAAAACAAAUAAAAACAACAACAAAAUAAGUGAACAACAAUAACAAAAACAAAACCAACUGCGCCGCGAUAAAAUUGUUUGCCAAUAAGAAUCGGGCUUAGUGCGGAUUGGCAUCCGAAAGAUACAGGAACGUGGUGGUUGCAGCUGCACCGGGAAGACGAUGGUUUUCUUCAAGUUCUUGAAGAGCAAACUCUCACAAUUUAUGACGAAGACAAAUCGCUUGGUGAUUUUGAGGCAUGGCGAAAGUGAUUUCAACAUAGAGAACAAAUUCUGCGGCUGGCAUGAUGCGCCAUUGAGUGAUUUCGGCGUGCAGGAGGCCCUGACUGUGGCGAUUCCAGCGCUCUCCCAAUCCCAGUUGGAAUUCGACGUAGUCUACUCAUCCGUACUGAGCAGAUCCCGUCAAACGGCAGAACUGAUCCUCUCCAAGUUGAACUGCGCCUACGUGCCCAUAAAGGAGGAUUGGCGACUGUGCGAACGGCACUACGGAAAUCUGACAGGUUGCCGGAAACGAACCGUAGCCGAUCGCUAUGGCGAGGAGCAGGUUCAGGCGUGGCGACGUGGAUACGACUGCGUACCGCCGUUCAUUGAGGAGAGCAAUCGGUACUUCUACACCAUUUGCAGCAAUCCCAUAUUCGAUGAUGUUCCUCGCGGGGAGUUCCCCCUCGCGGAAUCCCUACACAUGUGCGUCGAUCGGGUGAAACCCGUGUGGAAGGAGGUCAGGCGGGAGGUGCUCAAAGGCUCCCGGGUACUGAUGUGCGUCCACGGUACUGUGGCGCGCGCCCUCGUCCAGCACAUUGAGGGAAUCUCCAACGAGGCCAUCGAAAAGGUUAACAUUCCAAAUUGUGUGCCACGCGUUUACGAGUUCGAUUUGAGUACUGGAGGCUUGGUUGGAGCUGCCAUCAAUCUGGGGGAUCAGGAGUACAUCAGACGGAAGACAGCCCAGGUGGCAGCCAUUGGUGACUGAUUGCGGAGCACUCCGAUCGACUUUUGUGGAAUUUACAUCGAUAUGUGGCCGUCUGCAUUUACUUAAGCCUCUACCGUUUUAAGUCUGAGGAGAUCGGCUGAUAAGGAUAUUAUGACUACUAUUUAUUCGUCUACCCCAUCUGAUAUUUUCGGCCAAAAAUAUACAAUUUAUACAAAAUAUAUACGAUGGAGAUGAUAACAUAUACAUAAAUGUAAUAAAAAUAAGUUAUUUCGUUUCAUAAAUACCAAUUGGAUGCUACACCCAAUAAAAA